AGGCAAUACUUUCGUAGCGUUCGUAGUGUUUACAUUUUCUUGUCAGCUUCAGCUUGUCAGUUUGUGUCGUUUAUGUUGUGUUUUUUUUUAUAAGUGAAAAUUGUUGUUGAUAUAUUUAUUUACGGCAUGACGUGCUCAACGGACUCUUUAUUUAUUGAAAUAUUUCAAAAGGGCGAUGAUAUUAAUACAUUUUUUGAUGCACUGUUUGGUUUUCUUAAUCGUUGCACAAAUUUCUACGAAGAAGACAUUAAUGUUUGUGAACAAGUUUGUAUGCAAUAUCUAAGACUUUGGCAUCCUGAAAAUAUUUGUAUUACUAAUAAUCAUGAAGCCCACUUGAAUAAUAUCGAAACUAUUGACUCUGACAGUAAAAAUCAUAUAGAGGAGGUUAUGUCCACUGAUGAGCAAAUUUGUUUAAACAAAAAUGAAAUCUACAACACAAAUCUGCACCAGUCAGACAUAGUAUACGAUAAUGAAAUAGAAAUAUCAUCCUGCGAUGACAUAGAACCGGUCAUGAGUGCAGACAUAAAAUUUAAACACAACACAUCAAGCGAAUCCUAUAACGGUGCUGUUACAGAAAAAUAUACCUGGUCACAAUCGAUAAAUGAAAUAGACAUAUACAUAACUUUGCCAGAGACAAUAACAUCAAGUAGCCAGUUAAAAGUAUUGAUUACACCUGCACAUUUAAAAGUAGAAUUUAAAGAUGAAUCAACACCUUACAUUGACGAAGACUUCCCUUUCAAUUGCAAACCAUCAGAAUCUGUGUGGUGGCUUUCGAAUGGUAGGCUAUUGAUACAUUUACAAAAAAAGGAGGAUCGAUGGUGGCAAAAGUUGUUGGAGUCGGACACGUCUUUGGAUAUAAGUAAAAUGAAUUGUUCAAGACCCUUAGAUGAGCUCUCUGAAGACGCACAGACUUUAGUGCAAGAAAUGUUUUGGAACGAAGCACAAAAAAGUAUGGGCAAGCCCACUACAGAGGAUAUAAGAAAUAGGGAGCUUUUAAGAAAAUCCUGGAAUGCUGAUGGGUCUCCUUUUCAAGGGACGGAGUUUGAUCCUUCUUUAGUAAACUUUCAGUAAUUUAUGAAUUUUAUAAUUGAUAAC